CACAAGUGCUACAUUGUUGCGACCUGUGAUCGGGACUUGAAGCGAAGAAUUCGUAAGGUCCCUGGGGUACCAAUCAUGUAUAUUACUCAGCACAAAUAUUCCAUUGAACGGCUGCCUGAAGCUACGAUAGGCGGCGGUAGGAAUAAAAUAUAA